AUGGAGCAUCCAAGUUCCAUUUCGUGGGAAUUUUCAGCAGCAAAGAUUUUGCUGCUGCUUCUUCUCGUUGCCCUGAAUUUGUCACCACAUGCCUCAGCAGAAAGUGGAAUAUCUCGAAACAUGACUGAUCUACUUGCUUUGCAAGAGUUGAAGAGCCAGAUAUCUGGUGAUCCAAAUGGAGUUCUGAACUCGUGGAACCAUUCAAAGCACCACUGCCAAUGGCAAGGAGUCACAUGUGAUACGCGACAUCAGAGGGUCACAGCCUUAACUCUCUCAGGUAUGGGCUUGUCUGGUACCAUAUCUCCUCAUAUAGGUAAUCUUAGCUUCAUGAAAUCUAUCCAUCUUGGAGAAAAUCAAUUUCAUGGUGGGAUUCCCCAAGAAGUUGGUCUCCUGUUCCGUCUAAGAUUUCUUAACAUGUCCAGUAACAACUUAAAAGGAGAAAUUCUGGUUAACUUGAGCUGGUGCUCAGAGCUCAGAGUCGUAGACUUGAUAUCAAACCAGCUGGAAGGAAAAGUGCCAAACGAGCUUGGGUCUUUGAAGAAGCUUGUGGCCCUUUACCUUAAUGAAAAUAAUUUGACAGGUGAGAUUCCUCGGUCACUUGGAAAUGCAUCUUCAAUGACAGAACUUGCUCUCGCAUACAAUCACUUGAAUGGGAAUUUGCCAAAGGAGUUAGGCUUGCUUAAAAGCUUAUCAUGGAUUAUAGUCGGGGUAAAUGGCUUGGUUGGUGACAUCCCUUCCUCUGUUUUUAACAUAUCUACCCUGACAUCCUUUGUAGCAGUGGAAAAUAUGCUCCACGGAAUGCUACCAGCCAACAUAGGCCUUACCUUACCAAAUCUGGAAGAGUUGGAACUCGGUGGAAACCAAUUCCAUGGCAAUAUUCCAACUUCUAUUACCAAUGCCUCCAAGCUUCAAUUCUUAGAUUUGUCCCAAAACAAAUUCGAGGGGCAAGUACCAACUAAUCUAGGAGAUUUACCAAAUCUUCUGGGGUUAAAUCUUGCAAUGAAUCUCCUAGGAAGUAACUCUGCUGGGGACUUGAGUUUUCUCCCAUCUUUGACCAACUGCAGCAGGUUACAUACACUUGACUUCCCUUUGAACCAUUUUGGAGGUGAAUUACCAAAGAACAUCGGUAAUCUCUCAUUGCAACUCACCUAUCUUCAUAUGGGAUAUAAUAAUAUCUCAGGAACUAUCCCUAAAGGAUUUGGAAAUCUUGUCAAUCUAAACAUAUUGAGCAUGACACAGAACUCCUUCACAGGUGGCAUUCCAGGUGAUUUUCCUAAAUUGCAAAAGUUGCAGGCCUUGGACCUAGAAGAAAACAAGUUGUCGGGACAAAUACUAUCCACACUCUGCAACAUUACCUCUCUAUACUAUGUUGGCUUAUCCAAAAAUAGCUUAGAAGGUAAUAUUACCCGUUUUCUUGAGAAUUGCAAAAAUCUAGGACAACUCUCCCUUUCCUGGAACAACUUCAAUGGCAGCAUAUCUGCACAUAUCUUUGGCUCAUACCUCUCACUAAUUAGUCUAGACUUGUCUCAUAACUCAUUGAUUGGUUCCUUGCCAUCUGAAGUAGGAAAAUUAAAAGGCCUCAAUGAACUUGACAUUUCCUACAACAAAUUACAUGGAGAAAUUCCAGGAACACUAGGUGAUUGUUCAAGCUUGGAGGAGCUUUACAUGCAAGGCAACUUUUUCCAAGGAACAAUUCCAAUGCAUUUGGCUUCUCUAAAGGGCAUCCAAAAAUUAGACCUUUCAAACAAUAACUUGACUGGACCGAUACCUCAAGGUCUAGAGAAACUUAUGUUUCUGAAAUAUCUAAACAUUUCUUUCAAUGAUCUUAACGGUGAGGUACCAACUGAAGGAGUUUUCAGGAAUGCAAGCCAAAUAUCAUUAGCUGGAAACAGGAAACUUUGUGGAGGAAUUCCCCAACUACGGUUACCACCAUGCAUCACCAAAAGAAAGAAGAAAAGCAGGCAUUUACUAAUCAUAGUUAUAUCUGUAUUUUCCCCAGUGGCUCUGAUUUCAAUGAUCUUGUUAGCAUAUAUUAUUGCAUAUAAUAAAAAAGCCAGAAGACAUGGGUCAUCAAGCAAGCCUUCUAUGGUUGACAAGCUCUUUAGAGUUUCUUAUCACGAACUUCACCGUGCAACAUCAGGAUUUUCUCCAGCGAACCUAAUCGGUUCAGGAAGUUUUGGACUUGUUUACAGAGGAAGGUUAUAUGAACAUGGAGACAGGCUUAUUGCUGUUAAAGUCCUUGACCUGCAAAAGAAUGGGGCUUCCAAAAGCUUCAAGGCAGAGUGCAAAGCAUUAAGAAACAUCCGCCAUCGAAAUCUACUCCCUAUCUUGAGCUACUGCUCCAGCAUUGAUUCCAAAGGUCUUGACUUCAAAGCUCUGAGACAGCUGAAAUGA